UGCGUGAAGUAGAAAGCACCUAACAUAUUAAAUGAUAUUGCGAAUUACCAACGUUUGUAUUGUUUCACGAUCUUAAAAAAUGAAUUUUUUGUGUUUAUUUCUGUUUUUUGUUACAAUCCGUGCUGAUGUGGUUGAUUUUAAAGUAAAUGAUGACGAUAUCAAAGUUGGUCUUUUGCAGGAUCAAGAAACAAAAGAUGAGAAUACAAACAAAGACAAAACUGAUCCACAGAAACUUGAUUUUGAUAAACCAUAUUACGUACUAAAUGAAGAAAAACAAAAGUUGAAAAAAGAGUAUAAAAUACCGUUCAAUGUUCAAAUGAAUCAAGAAAUCAAAGUGAAAGGCGAUUUUAAAAUAACGGAUGUUGAAAAAUCUGGAAUGGAAGAGUACUUCUCAAUUUCAAUUGAUAAAGUAAAAGUAUCUGUUGACACAAAAUCUGACGUUCCUUUGGAAAAUUUGAAAGAAAAAAGCCAAAUUAUUCUUCUCUUGGAGUUUAUACCAGAAAAGAAGGAUGAUACAAUUCGCACGAUGCUUAUAAUGUUUCUACAAGAUAAACCUGCUGAAAAACCAGAAAAAAUAAUCUUUGAAAAGUCUUCCUAUAAAAUUAAUGCUUUUUCCGAAUAUACCGGAUUGAUCGCUGAAUUUGUUGCUAAAUUGGAUAAAAACGAUGGCAAAUCUGUGAUCAAGUACAGUUUAGAGACAGAUAAAAAGAAUUUGAACAACACCCUCAAAGUCGAAGAACAAACUGGAGUAUUGGAAAUAACAAAAGCUCUGACUCCAGGCACAUAUAAUUUCAAAAUAUCGGCCAAAAUCGAUACAGGAAUCCACGGUGAAGCAGAUGUUAUCCUAGUCGUCGAUCAUAUCGUUGUUUGCAACGCGAAAAACCCCAAAUUCCCGUAUUCUCAAUUAAUUAAACAUAUCGCCGAAGGCACAACUGGUGAAAUUAUCAGCUCUGCGACCUCCGAUGACAAAUGUGUUUAUAAAAUAACAUCUCAAAAACCAGAAGGAGAUUAUUUCAAACUGGAUGAAAAAACUGGAGCGCUGACAAUGGUUAAGGAAAUCAAGCGGGAUUCCGAAUUAUUCAAGGACACCCAUCAUCCCAAGUUCAUAAUUAAACUGCACGUAGAUUGCGGCACAGCUACUAAGGUUGCAGAACAAAAAGAUGAUCAGCAUCCAAAUUCUGAACAUUACUUCAAUAUUCCAUAUAAUCCUGUCGAAAUGGUUCUAAUCAUUGUGAUCGAUAAAGCUGACAACACUCCGAUUUUCAAUACCGAUAAAAUACUCGUGGGGUAUCCUAGAAAAUACGAUAUAAUUACGCAAUAUGGACCUCCUCGAGUGACCUCCGUUGCGCCUUUUGUUGGCGAAAAAGAUACGUCGUCUUUGAAAUACUCAAUCGUUGAAGAAAAUUGCCCUUUUUCUAUCGAUCCGGUUACUGGAAAUGUGUAUCCGCUGAGUUAUUAUAAUAAGGAUGGAGAAUACUCGUUUACUGUCCAGGCUAAAGAUGUCAUUGAUAUCAAAGAUGGCAAAGCUGUAACUAAAGAGGGAAAACUCGCCGUUUUGGUAAAAUUUUUAACCUUAUCGCAAAUAGUAGAGGUAUUCUUCAUCGAGGAAACAUUGGACAAUUUCAAUAAACUGCUACAAGAGUAUAAUUCAAACCUGGAUAUAGAAAUUAAAUCACUCGUUCAUGCCGUCGUACCAGUCACCAACGAGCAAAGACAAUCAAAUGAAGCUUUAAGCGACAAAAAACAAAUACACCUGUUGAGAGCUCUUUGCUACGCGUUAGAUAAAAAAGAACAUACAGUCGUGAAAGGCGAAAUAAUCGUCGACAAAUUGAAAACAUCGUCCAGUGUUUUCUCAAUCCAAAUAUUAGAAAAUAAGAAGACUCCCGAUUCCAAGGGACGAAAUAGCUCAAACUCGUUUAUGCUAACGACCAGUAUUUUUUCUGUGAUAUUGGCUUUAGGAGUGAUUGUGACCAUAUUCUAUUUAGUGUACAUGAGGAGAAGAAAUAUUCCAGUGAUUAUUAUGAGAAGGAAUGGAAACACGAGAAGUUCAGUAACAGCUUUAGAAGAUGAUAUGGAAGCACCGAGUCAGACGAGAUGGAUUGGUCCUCAUGCGAGCGCGUACAGUUCAUUUCCAAAUCCUACGUUCGACAGAACACAGAGGGUUUCAUAUUCAGACACCACCGGAGGUGGAGAAGUCAUAUUGAUGCAAAACAACGCAGCAAUCAAUUCGAAUAAUUUUUUGGGAUCGAGUGUUUCUAGUUUUAAACCGGAUUCCGGCAAUGAAAAUUUUUCCUCGAAUGAUACAGCUGAUAAUAUUUAUCGUGAUUUGGAAUUCCCUGUUGGCAAUGCAGUUGGUUCAUCUAGUUCGAGUAAUAUCCCCGUAUUAGAUGUCACAUCGUUACCGCCGUCUUCUGAACAACAAUGGAGGAAAAGAACCAACACUGAUGGUAAAGAGAGCCAAGCUUAAACGAAGACUCCAAUUUAUACCUAGACCUACGUAUGUCGUAAUGAUGAUCAGUACACCUUUUCCAUGACAAUAUUUCCUAAACUGGAAAAUCCACGAAUUCGCAGGAGGCUGCAGAUAGGCUCGAAGCCACCUUUAAUCGAUCUGAGAUGUUGGAAAUGGGAUAUAAACGAAAUUUCACCAAAUUCUGAUUUUUUUAUGAAAGAAUUACCUAUGCAACAUUUAAAUUAUUUGUAUUUUGAAA